AUCUUCACGACCAUCACCAUCAACAUUUCUCUUCUUCCAUCAGAGCUCCUCAAGUUCUGCAAAGGCAGACUCUAUUCAGGCAUACAGUCUUGUUGCUGGAGAUGACUGUCAGCUGCUUUCCCUGCCUAGCCACCAUCACAUGCCCCACCACCGGAGCCUGGGAAGCCUGACCACAGACCAGCAUCUCCAAGGCAUGAAUAAUUAGGUAGGCAUAAUGGAAGGCACUCACUGCACCCUCCAAUUGCGUAAGCCCAUUACUGAAGUCUGCUACAUCAGCUUCUAUCUUCCAAGGGGGGAAGUCAGAGGAUUUUCAUACAAGGGCACUGUAACUCUAGACAGAGCCAAUAAAGGGUUUCAUAACUGCUACCAAGUCAGGGAGGGGUCAGACGUCAUCAGCCUCAGCCUGCAGCCAAAUGAACAUCCCGGCGACAUAUUUUUCAAGCAAACUCCCACAAAAGACAUUUUAACUGAGCUGUACAAACUUACAGCUGAGAGGGAGAGACUUCUGGCCAAUCUGCUGAGCUCAGACCACAUCCUCGGGAUUACGAUGGGGAACCAGGAGGGGAAGGUGCUGGAGCUGUCCGUGAGCCUGGCCCCCGAGGACGACUCUUUCCAGAGUGCUGGUGACUGGCUGGGGGAGCCCCCUGUGGGCUGUCUCAGUAAGAGGAGUGCCCAUGGGAACCGCAAGCCGCGGAGGUUUGGUGGAAGGAGAGGAAGCUUUGAGGGGCUUCCACAGAAGAGGACGAGAAGGAAAGGGCGUGGGGGCCGACAGUCGGCUCUUCAGAUGGGGAAAGACCAGAUCUGUUCCAGCAAAUCUCUUCCUCUUUCUCGAACAAGGCCUAAUCUUUGGCUUCUAGAGGAAAGAGGCAACUCACUCCCAAGAGUGGCAUUUACUUCCUCCCCACAGUGGAGAGAGAGCUGCCCCCCAGAGACCCCCAGGACACUGGAUCCCAGCCGUGGCUUUGGGAACUUCAGGAAAGCUUCUGAGGACACGGGGCUUGGACGCGGAAGGCUGCCCCCUGACUGCAGCUCCACAGAGCCAGGAGACGAUGGUGCUGGAAAGCCAGAGAGGGGCCCUCUCAGGCUGCUGCACCAGCAGACAGCUUGCUCUGAAAGUCGUGAGGACUCUGAGAAGCAUCCAGAGGCCAAGAGGGGCCAGAGGGAGAAGUCUAUGGAGCAUACAUGCAGGAAGAAGCCUAUUUCCAAAGUGGUGGCCAAGGUCCAGGAUCUGUCUACUCAGGUGCAAAGAGUAGUUAGAACGGGUCCUGAGAGUGAGGAAAGCGUUGCCAUUUGCCCAGCGGCCCAAGCUGAGUUUAUACCCAGAGCAGACUGGCUCACCCUCCCAGAAGCCGAGGCUGGGACUCCUGGUUCCAGGUGGCAGGGCCAGGAGCAGCCGGGCGACAGGCCAUGGCAGCUGUCGGACGGGGAACGCAUUCCAGCCAGCGUCGAGGGGGCUGUGAACAAGGUCCUGCUGAAGGUGAUACAGAGUGAGAAGUUAGAUGAAGCCACUGAGGGGAAAAGGCUGGGCUUCCCCCCAAGCACACCAGGCACCCACACCAUCCCAGAAGCCAGAGGCAAGCGGAAGGCUGGGCUGCCUCUGAGGGAUCACAAAACCUCAUUUCUGGAUCUGCCCCACCUUGGCGGCCCUGACUGGCCACAGCCUGGAGGCCAUGAGAAGAAGCCGUCCCCCUCAGCCCCGGCAGCGCUCACCAUGCUACUGAAUAAUUCAUCCUCCCAGUCCAGCACGCACAGAUGGAUGGCACCUGUUCCCUCGCCUCUCUCUCCAAGGCUCCCCGGCCUGGAGCAGCAUCACGGGGUCCUGCAACUCCCUCCACUGCUGGGUGAGUGGGAAGUGGCUCCUGAUGACUCUGUUGGCCGAAAGAGCAGUGCUUUCUCUGGGUCCUCCUCUGCUGACACCUUGGAGCCACCAUCCUCUGCAAAGGUCACGGAGACCAAAGGAGCCGGCUCGACCUUCCUCAGAGCAGGCCAACCUCGGUUGGUGCCUGGGGAAUCUUUGGAGAAGAGCCUGGGGCCUGGGAAGACCGCGGCUCGUCCCCAGUACCAGUCACCUCCAGAAAACUGGGACCCUCCAUAUCACUUUCAGGAGCCAGUCAUUAGAAUCAUGACGUGUGCUUCUAACCUGAUAAAAGAAGGACUUGGAAAGAAGGAGAAAAGGAGUGGGAGAGAAUUUUUCUUCUGAUGUGGGUGACUUCUC